AUGGCCCAAUAUUUGGGUGCUCUCAUAUUAGCUGCCUUGACUGUAGCCCAGGAUGUUCCGUCUGGCCCGCAUGGCUGCACAGAGGGCAGCUGUUACCCGGCAACAGGAAACCUCCUGAUUGGCAGAGGAGCCAAUCUGUCAGCCACCUCUACCUGUGGACUGUUCGGUCCAGAGCAAUACUGCAUUGUUAGCCACCUGCAGGAGUCAGAUAAGUGCUUUAUGUGUGACUCACGGAGGCCGUAUGAUCACUACUACCAUAGGAACAGCCAUCGUGUGGAAAAUGUCAUCUACCUCAGGGACAGCAGAGGAGAGCUCACCUGGUGGCAGGCUGUCAAUGGAAAAGAAAGUGUUAGUAUCAGACUCGAUCUGGAAGCAGAAUUCCAUUUUACUCACCUUAUCAUGAAAUUCAAGACAUUCAGACCUGCAGCUAUGCUUAUUGAGCGUUCUGCAGAUUUUGGUCGCACAUGGCGACCGUAUCGUUACUUUGCCUACAACUGUACGAGGACUUUCCCUGGCAUUCCAGCCAAUGGCCUGCAACUGAUCGAUGAUGUCAUAUGUGAGGAACGGUACUCCGAUAUAGAGCCGUCCACAGAAGGAGAGGUCAUUUAUAAAGUGUUAGAUCCAGCCAUCCAUGUAAAAGACCCUUACAGCCUUGAAAUUCAAGAGCUUCUGCGCAUUACUAACCUGAGGAUAAACUUCACUAAGCUCCAUACCCUUGGGGAUGAUCAGCUGGACCGCAGGCCUGAUGUGCUGCAGAAAUAUUACUACUCUCUGUAUGAACUUGUGGUGCGUGGGAGUUGCUUCUGCUAUGGCCACGCCUCAGAGUGUGCCCCAGUGCCCGGAGUGGAUGCCAGGGAAGCUAGCAUGAUCCAUGGUCGCUGUGUUUGCAAGCACAAUACUGAGGGGCUGAACUGUGAACGUUGCAGACAUUUCCACAACGACCUUCCUUGGAGACCAGCUGAGGUAGAUAACCCACACACAUGCAGAGAAUGCAACUGCAAUGGUCACUCCGACCAGUGUCACUUUGACAUGGCUGUGUAUCUGGCCACGGGCAACAUUAGUGGAGGUGUGUGUGACAACUGUCUCCACAACACCAUGGGCCGUAACUGUGAGAUGUGUAAACCGUUCUACUAUCAGGACCCAGCUAGAGACAUCAGAGAUCCGGCUGCGUGUGUCCCCUGUGACUGUGAUCCAGUGGGCUCUUUGGAGGGAGGUGUGUGUGACAGUCACACAGAUUUGGAUCUGGGGAUGAUAGCAGGACAGUGCCGCUGCAAACAGAAUGUGAAGGGUCAGCGCUGUGACUACUGUAAGGACGGUCACUACGGACUCAGUCAGAACGACCCACUGGGCUGCCAGCCAUGUAACUGUGAUCCUCGUGGGAUCAGUAUGUUAGGAGCUCCAUGUGAUCAGAUCAGUGGAGAUUGCUCCUGUAAGAGAUAUGUCACAGGCCGCUACUGCAACCAGUGCCUGCCUGAAUACUGGGGACUCAGCUAUGACCUGGCUGGCUGCAGAGCCUGUGACUGUGAUUUUGGAGGGGCGUACAACAACAAGUGCAUGAUGGACAAUGGUCAGUGUGACUGUCGACCUCACCUGAUUGGUCGACAGUGCUCUGAGGUGCAGCCUGGGUAUUUCUGCGCUGCCCUAGAUUUCUAUAAAUAUGAGGCAGAGGGAGCCGUGGGCCACUCUCCCGAUGACCCCGCCCUUCCAGGGAAGCCACGCCCGCAGGCUGAGACUGACUGUGUGGAGCAUCUCAACAACCAACUGAGGAGACAUCGCCGUCAUCGCCGCAUUGCCACCGCCCAGCAACAGAGGGCGGCACUGAGACGCAUACGCCAGCUGCAGCAAACUCCGGAUGUAAGAAAAGUUCACAGAGAGAGAGACGGUCAAAUGGUCACCUGGACUGGGCCAGGAUUUGCUCGGGUUAAAGAUGGCGCCGGACUUGUGUUCACCAUUGACAACAUUCCAUUUGCUAUGGAAUACGAUAUCAUGAUCCGCUACGAACCAGAGUCUACAGAAGACUGGGAGGCUAUUGUGAGCAUCACCUCCCUCCAGCUGCCCACCAGCUCCCGCUGUGGAAACCUGCUGCCAACGGAACAGAUGUACACAGUCACCCUGCCACACCACAGGAGGUUCGUGCACAUGCCUCGCCCCUUCUGCUUUGAGCCCAGUAAUCGUUAUGUGGUAGCCAUCCGCUUCCAGCGACAUGCGGUCUCCCACAGACAUCUCACUGCUUUCAUCCUCGUUGAUUCGCUUGUAUUGGUGCCCAAGUAUGAGGAGCUGCCAGGUUUCCAGGGUAACAGUCCCUUGGCAGAGCGACGACGUGAGGAGAUGCAGCUCUACAUGUGUGUGGACUCCUUCAUGGUCACGCCCAUGCCCACUCUGGCAGAGAUGUGCACCAAACUCAUCUGCAGUAUCUCUGCCUACAUGCAUGAUGGAGCACUGUCCUGUCAGUGUGACCCACAAGGAUCGCUGAGUGCAGAGUGUGAGAAGGUCGGAGGUCAGUGUCGGUGUAAACCCAAUGUGAUUGGCAGACGUUGUGACCAGUGUGCACCAGGCACAUACGGCUUUGGCCCUUAUGGCUGCACUGCCUGCGACUGUCACUCUCAAGGUUCUUUGAGUCAUCAGUGUGACCCGGUCACUGGGCAGUGCCCGUGCAGACACGGCGCCAGCGGACGGCAGUGCUCAGACUGCCAGCCUGGUCAGUGGGCUUUCCCUAACUGCAGGCCAUGCCAGUGUAAUGGGCAUGCAGACAGCUGUGACCCACAGACUGGUACUUGCUAUGAGUGCAGAGACUACACUGCUGGGCACCAGUGUGAAAGGUGCAUGAACGGUUUCUAUGGGAACCCUGUGCUGGGGUCAGGAGACCAUUGUCGUCCCUGUGCAUGUCCUGGCAACCCAGGCAGUGGCCACUCCAAUGGAGACUCCUGCCAUGAGGAUCAGGCCUCCAACCAGAUCCUCUGCAACUGCAGACAAGGCUAUACCGGCCCCCGUUGUGACCGUUGUGCUCCCGGUUACUACGGUGAGCCUGAGCGCCUAGGUGGAGGAUGCAGCCCAUGCCAGUGUAAUGGGAACAUCGACACCCAGCACCCAGAGUCAUGUGACUCUCGAACCGGCCAGUGCCUGAAGUGCCUGUACAACACGGACGGCCCCACCUGCUCAGAGUGCAAAAACGGUUACUAUGGCAAUGCUCUGGCUCACGACUGCAGGCGCUGCACGUGUGUCACAGCAGGCACGCGGCAGGAGUACUGCACUAACGGUGACUGCUACUGUGACAGACAGACCGGGGCAUGUCCGUGCAGACAGAACGUGGUCGGGCACAACUGUGAUCAGUGUGCCCCUAACCACUGGAACUUUGGCAUGGCUCAGGGCUGUGAGCCAUGCCAGUGCCACCCACAGCAUGCCCUGGGCACCCACUGCAACAUGUUCACUGGUCAGUGUCAUUGUCGGCCAGGCUUUGGGGGAAGGCAGUGUACAGAAUGCGAACAGUUACAUUGGGGAGAUCCCAGAGUACAAUGCGAAGAGUGUAACUGCCACCCUUUGGGUUCUGAGUCUGCUCAGUGUGAUCCUGUGACAGGACAGUGUGAAUGUAGGGAUGGGGCAUCUGGGCGCCGUUGUGAUGAGUGUGCCCGCGGUUUUACUGGUAGUUUCCCCAAAUGUGUGCAAUGCCACCCCUGUUUCGAGCUGUGGGAUGACGCUGUGUGCCAGCUGGAACGAGACCUCGACCACAUAAGGAACAUCACUGAGACCAUCCGGGAGACUGGCAUAGCACCUGGAGUUAGCGACGCUCGUAUCAAAGAGCUAGAGAGGAAACUGUCCCUCAUCCGUGAUUUGAUCAAAGAUGGAGACCAUGAGAGAGUUUAUCAACUGAUUGGCCAAUCCAUUGAUGACCUGAGGGCUGAAAUAGCUAUGACAGAUGGACGAAUGAUGAGCGUGUUUAAGGAACUGAAUACCACAGCAGAACUUGAUCAUACACUGCGACUGAAUUUAAAUACAUUGGAGCAGGACCUCAGUCAGCUGAACUCCACAUUGGCCCAACGUCAUCGAGAGUUAGAAAAUUUCCUUAGUGCAGGAUUCGCAGAGCAGUUUGAGAAUGUGCGUAAGUACUACAGGGAGUCUGUGGAUGCAGAGAAACGCUGUAAUGCCUCUGUGUAUGGACCAGAGAGUCCCGUGACACAGUCUCGCCACACCCGUGAUCGCACUGAGGCUAUACUGAACGAACAGAAGAACCUUUUUCAGCGCAAUAUAACUGCCCAUAAAAAGUCUCUGUCUGAACUGGAGAAAAAAGCCCAGGAAGUGGAUGACAAAGUGGAACACCUCAGCCACAAGGUGUGUGGUGGUUAUAGUCACAUCACCUCUAAUGGCAGCUGUCCAGACAGUCAGUGUGGGGGUGCUGGUUGUCGUGACGAGGAGGGUCAACGGUUAUGCGGAGGGGCGGGGUGUAACGGGACAGUUAGUGCCUCACUCGAUGCAUUAAGGCACGCCAAAGAUGUUAAAGACAGCUUAUCGACAGCUAGCAUAGAGCUGCAGAGUGUGGCUAAGAAGCUCCAGGACAUUGCAAUGCUGACUGACAGUGUCAAGGACAAUGCUGUACAAACGCUCAACAAAGCCCAACAGAAGAAGGAAUUCUUUGAAAACGCUAACAAAAAACUGAAGGACUUCAUUCAGAAGAUUAGAGACUUUCUGAAUGAGGAGGGAGCUGAUCCAGACAGUAUUGAAACGAUAGCCCAGCAGGUUCUUGCCAUCAAAAUGCCAGUCAACAGAACCCUGGUGGACAGUGUGGUCCAGAACAUUAGAGACAGCCUCACCAAUCUGACAAAUGUGGAUGGAAUUUUCAUUCAAACGGCAGAAGAACUCGCAAAGGCUACUGACCUUCUCAACCGGGCAAAAGACGCCAAGAAACGUGCAGAGGGGGUAAAGGACAACAUCAGUGAGACUAAUGAGGCACUGAACUCAUCUGCAAAAGCCAUAGCAAAAGCAAAGAAGGAAAUGGAGACCGCCAUAAAGAACUUGAAUGACACACGAGAUGCAACUGCCAUGGUAGAGGACAAACUCCAAGGUUUAGAAACCAACCUGAUGGAUGUCAUGAUGAGAUUGGCUAACCUCUCCCAUGGAGUGGACUUACUGAAGAACAAGACAAACCAAAACAGGAUUAUGGCCCAAGAUGCCAAAGCCCAGUCAGAGGAUGCCACUCAAGCUGCUAACGGAUUGCAGCAGGAUAUGACAAAGGCAGAGGCUCUGUAUAAGACACUGAAUGAGAAGGUGGACUCUCUCGGAGGGGCAGCAGGAGGUAACAUCAGUCAGAGAGCUGAGAACAUGAAGAGGGAAGCAGAGGACCUUCAGAAAAAGGCCAGUCAGGGCAUUGACACACUGAAGAAGCUGGAAAAAAAGUUUAAGAAGAAUGAAAAGAAAAUGGAUGCACAGAAAAUUGAGUUGGAAGAGUUACAGAAAAAUGUGACAGAAGUGAGAGAGUUCAUCCGAAGAAAGGUCAAUGGAUACAACAACUGUCAAUAA